AUGGCGCUGAACGUCACAGCAUCCGGGCCGUUUCCGAGCCCAAGCUCACCGGAGUCCCUUCCUCAUGACAAUCGACAGGGACUAGUCGUCGGGGUCACAUCAGCCCUCCUCGCGCUCGUUGUCAUAUUCAUGGGCAUCCGAACAUACAUCAGGGGAUUUAUGCUGAAGGCAUGGGAUGUAGAAAAAGGCUCUCUUGGCCUGCACUGGUGGGACGCAGCUCCUGAGCGCCUAGCUAUCGACAGCAGGUUCCUCAUAACAACGGUCCUCACUUACCAAGUUGCGUUCGCCUCGAUCAAAGCUACCUUUCUGCUCCAGUACCGGCGAGCCUUCGCACUACCUUCUGUUCAACUAUUUUGCGACGUAAUGCUAGCUGCAACCGCCGUCAUCAUGGCAUCGAUGCUCCUCUCUGGAGUCUUCGUGACCAAGAAACUCUUGGAUCCCGAGUACGCCGCCAACUCGGACCAAAGCGCUUUCCUGAUUUGGGGUUAUGUGAACGCCGCUGUACAUCUUGCCACCGACAUCAUCAUCUUUAUUCUUCCCCUCCCUCUGGUGGGUAGUCUAAAACUUGCGACGAUGCAAAAGGCUGGACUAAUCGCCAGUUUUGCCGUUGGUAUCUUCACUGGCGCCAUAUCAGUAGUCAGAAUGGUCAACCUUCCCUUGGGAGUAAACUCCACCGACCCAUUCUUCGACGCCGUCCCCCUUGUCUUGUUCAGCAUCGCUGAGCCAACUUCCGCUAUUAUAUGCGCUUGCAUACCCAUCAUGAGGCCGUUGCUUGGCUGCUCAGAUCGGUCUCGCAACUCCAGCCACGGUUCCCGUAGAUGGCUCUCAAAGCUGUCGGAUAAGUCUGCUGGCAAUCAGGCACCGUCGUCCUUCCCGGAGAUGGCAUACAUGACUCCCGCAGGGAGCCCUCGCGGUGAUUAUGAAGGAUGUCUAUCGAAUUCACAGGCCAGAGAGCUCCAUAUGAUCGAGUUCGGGACUCCAACUCGGACGCCAUCGUCUCCAGCUACACCGCUGCGAAGAUACGACAGCGACCUGGGCCUCUAG